AUGGGAAGUUGUGCAGGCCCAUUUACCCACGAGACACGACAUGUCACUGAAGCACCACCUCACUUCAACCGUGCGCCAUGGUCACAUGCACAUUCACAAAGGCCUCACCUCCUGCUCUUGUUGCUUCAUGCAUGCGGAAAUCUUGGCACACACUGCACACGCGCUGCACCUCGCGCCGCUGUACAUGCAGAUGUGGUACAGUACCAACAACAUGCGUGGCAGGAGAUCAACCGCCCUGGAAAAUACUGGAAGCUACCGGCUUUCAACAAGAGAACAAAGCCUGAGCUACAGCACUAUCUCACCAGUCAAAAUCACCACUUCGACAAGAGUCAUGGCAAGAACAGACUGGUGGAACUCUGCAGUCUGUGCUACCGGGGCCUACCGUCAUACCAUUCGUGCACUAUCCCAGAGCUGGAGGGCUACGUCCGUGCCCGUAGGCUCCCGGUGCAGACAGGCAGAGGCAGGAAACUGGAUGUGAAGAAAGCCUACCUUGUCUCGGCACUCGAAGAUGCCGACGAUGAUCUGAGCUUCGAACGCUUUGAGGACCUCCCCGCAGAGCUGAGACUACGCAUCUAUGGCCUUCACUUUGCAAGCUUCAAAGAGCGUAUCGUGUGGACUGGUAAAUUCCAGCAGCCUACGUGUCAUGAACUCGAGAGCAAGCCAAUGUCGAUCCCAAGUCUACCACCACUCACCGAAGUCUCACGACUCAUGCGGCAAGAGACCUUGCCUGUCUUCUACCAGACCAUGCCGAGCUUUUUGCAUGCUGAGUGUAGUGCAUCGAUCAACCGUAUUGCAGAGGGUGGUCACGAGCAUGACUGGCGAUACUGGACGUCGAUAUCGCCGUCGCACGUCAACAUGAUGCGACAGAUCUCGCUCAAUCUGUGCGUCAAUCCAUGGGGAGGCUGGGAUGCCACUCCUGGCAAGCUGCUGCUCAAGGCUGGGAGUGAGACGAAGCCGUUGAGCUAUGAGUUCGUUGUGGAGGGGACCAAGUCGCCAGAUUCACCCACGGAGACUGUGCGGGACUUUGCCGACUGGCACGAGAAGUUCGAGCCAAAGAUGCGCCAGAUCGUGGAAGAUGCUGGCAAUGGUGGACAGCAUGUGUUGAGUAGGGACCUGGUCGAUGCAGUGCUUAGUGCUCUGCGCAGCUUUCGGCCAUGA